GGGCCGGUUUCCCUGCGGCCGCCGUGUCGCUAAUCGCAGCUGCCAUUUUAAGGUGAACAAAGAGGCGGAGGCGCGGGCAGGCUUUGCGAGGCUGCCGGACCCUCCCGGCACCAUGUUCAGCAAGAAGCCCUACGACAGCCCCCCCACGGUCUACAGCCCCCCUGGGGGCGACUACGGCUACAGCAUCCGCUCGCCCCCGCCGGGCUCCUACUACAUCGAGGAUGUGCCCCAGCACUUCUACAAGUGGACCUCGCCGCCCGGCGUGGUGAGGAUCCUGGAGGCCAUCGUCAUCCUGCUCUGCAUCACCAUCUUCGCCUGCGUGGCCUCCACCCUGGCCUGGGAGUACGGCUACGGCUACGGCGGGAUUUAUGGCAACGGCCUCGGCGGCUACUUGGGCGGCACCGGCUACUACGGCAGCGGGCUGGGCUAUGGCUCCGGCUACGGUUACGGGAGCUACUACGGCGGCGUGACCAACCCGCGGGCGGCCAACGGCUUCAUGAUCGCCAUGUCCGUGCUCUGCUUCCUGGCCCAGCUGGGGCUGUUCGUGGCCAGCGUGAGCAAGGCGAGCAGCUCGCGCUCCCGCCGCUUCUACCUGGUGGUGAUCGUGACCUGCGCCGUGCUGGCCUUCGUCAUGCUCAUCGCCUCCAUCGUCUACAUCAUGGGCGUCAACCCCCAGGCACAGAUGACAGGUAGCUACUACUACAGCCCCUUGCUGGCCAUGUGCAACCAGGUGUACAACAGUGGCACCUACCUGAACCAGUACAUCUACCACUACUGCACCGUGGACCCGCAGGAGGCCGUGGCGAUCGUCUGCGGGUUCCUCAUCGUCAUUUUGCUCUGCCUCAUCUGCUUCUUCGCUCACAAGACGCGCAGCAAGAUCUGGAAGUACGGGAAGGCGAACAUCUACUGGGACAAGGUGCCGGUGGUGCAGGAGGGCCCCAACGUGGAGGAGUGGGUGAAGAACGUGGCGGACGGGGCGAGCGUGCAGGACGAGACGGCCACGCUGGCCUACUCGGAGAAGCCGACGAGCCCCGUGCACGCGCCCCCCUACAGCGCCCCGUCCUACAGCUCCGUGCCGCAGGGCGGCUACUGCGGCCCCGAGCGCCGCGCCAGCCGCGGCUCCCUGGGCCCCGGGGCCGGCGACCAGCCCGACGGGGCGCUGAGCGCCAGCCCCGGCGCCGGGGACAAGGGCAAGGAGCAGCCGAGCAAGCCGGCGGCCCGCCGCGGCCGGCGCAGGCGCCGCAACCCCGAGCUGGACGAGUCGCAGUACGAGACGGACUACACCACGGCCGUGGAGUCGGGCGACGAGCGCGAGCGCGACCGCUGGGCCAGCCUCUACCCGCCCGUCGCCUCCGACGGCGCCCGCCAGAAGUACAAGCAGGAGUUCGACACCGACCUCAAGCGCUACAAGCGGCUCUGCGCGGAGAUGGACGGCGUCAACGACCGCCUCAACCAGCUCAGCAAGCAGCUGGACGGCAUCGCCGAGGACAGUCCCCGGUACCAGGACGUGGCGGAGGAGUACAACAGGCUCAAGGACUCCAAGCGGAGCCCCGAGUACCAGGCGAAGAAGGCGGAGAGCAAAGCGCUGCGCAACAAGCUCUUCCACAUCAAGCGCAUGGUGAGCGACUACGACAAGACGCGAGGGUAGCCGGCGGCGCGGAGGGGCCGGCCGCGGGGCCCCCGCCGCCGCCCGGGCUGCUCGGCCCCUACGUGGACUCGUGUGCCUUUGGCACCUUCUUUUUGUAAAAAAAACAAAAAAAAAAGGAAGAAUAACCCCCCCCGCCCCUCCCUGGCAAUGUGACCCUGCGCUCGGUGCCAGCGCCGGGGCGGUGGGGGCUCUCGCUGGCAGCGCGGCGCCGCCUCGGCUCCCGCGCCGUCCCGCUCCCCGGCGCUCACUGCGAGUACCCGCCGCGCGCCCCGGCUCGCCGCGAGCCGGGCGCCGCGUUAGUCCUCCCCUGAGCCGCAAACGCGCGACGGCAGCGGCGUAGGGCCCGCGGGCGCCGUCGCCCCGCGGCGC